GAGAGUCAGGACCACAUCCAACAAGAUGCCUGUCAACUACAGUGGGACAUGGGACCUCGUCAGUAAUGUUAAUUUUGAGGGAUACAUGAUUGCACUUGGCAUUGAUUUUGCAACACGCAAAAUUGCCUCGAUGUUGAAGCCCCAGAAGGUGAUUAAGCAAGAUGGAGAUUGUUUCGUCAUCAGGACGUUCACUACUUUUAGAAAUUAUGAGUCCUCGUUCAAAAUUGGAGAGGAGUUCCAAGAGGUGAUGACGGGAAUGGACAACCGGACGUGUCAGACUGUGGUGACCUGGGAAAAUGAUAAGCUGGUCUGUGUUCAGAAAGGAAAAAAGAAGAACAGAGGGUGGAAGCACUGGAUUCACGGAGAUGAGCUUCACUUGGAACUUACCUGUGAGGACCAAGUCUGCAAGCAAAUUUACAAAAGGACUCUGUGAUUUAUUUUUCUUAUGAUUGUUGAAACCAUUUCAUACUACAGAGAUAUAUCAUAUACUUUUACUCGUUUCAUAGUCAGUUGGAGAAUAAGUAUCUGAAUCUGUUAUUUUAGAAAUACUACAAAUUGAAACGUGAAAAGUACUGCAUUCAAAUCCUACUUAAGUAAAAUGACAAAAGUAUUGAUGUACUGAAUGUUAUUGAAGUAAAAUGCAUAAAAUAAACCCCUGAGUGUCUUUUUCACCGUUUUUUGUUGAUUUAAUUACAAUGGAUCAUAUUUUAAGAUCAUAGUAUUUAUCAUAAUUGUCAAUAAUUUGUACUGUUAGAAAAAUGUGGUGCUAAGCUGGAUUACCAAACGGUGCCGUCUUUACUCUGUUACCCUGCCAAUCGCAUAUGACCACAUAUAUAUUCAAGCACAGUUUAUGUCUCUUAUAUGUAAUGUCUAUGCCUCUGUGUUUUACAAAGUGAGAGGAAAAAUCACGAAUAAUAAAGGUUUGUCUACUCUUCAA